AUGCUACGAUUCAAAAGAUUCGCAUCCCAAUAUAACCAAGCGAAACUUCUCCGCAAGUACCCUGUUGGUGGAGUUUUCCAUGGAUACGAAAUCAAUAGGGUUCUCCCCGUUCCAGAGAUGAAAUUUGUCGCUGUAGACUUGAAGCAUUUACAAACCGGAUCUCAGCACUUGCACAUUGAUAGAGAUGAUAAGAACAAUGUAUUCAGCAUAGCUUUUAAGACAAACCCUCCAGAUUCCACUGGAGUGGCGCAUAUUUUGGAGCAUACCACACUGUGCGGCUCUCAAAAAUAUCCAGUCAGAGAUCCUUUUUUUAAGAUGCUCAACAGAUCGCUGGCUAAUUUCAUGAAUGCUAUGACUGGCCAUGAUUAUACUUUCUACCCAUUUGCAACCGCCAACAAGGUAGAUUUCAGCAAUUUGAGAGACGUUUAUCUCGACGCCACUCUCAACCCAUUGUUAAAUCAUCAAGAUUUUCUACAGGAGGGCUGGAGACUGGAACAAUCCAAUUUGGACGACGCAAAUAGUGAUGUUAUAUUCAAAGGUGUUGUCUAUAACGAAAUGAAAGGCCAAGUAUCUAGUUCCAAUUAUCAAUUCUGGACUAAAUUCCAAGAGAGCAUCUAUCCGUCAUUGAAUAAUUCCGGUGGUGAUCCUCAAAAAAUCACAGAUCUACAAUACUCCGACCUGUUGUCUUUUCACAGCAAAAAUUACCACCCUUCAAAUUCUAAGACUUUUACUUAUGGGAAUUUUCCUCUCGAAGAUACACUGCAUCGGCUGAAUGAAGAAUUUAAGCUACAUGGCAAGCGGACAAUUAGUAAACAGGUGCUAAACCCUUUGAGUUUUGACUCUGAUGUACGAGUAGUGCAAAAAGGCCAGGUUGAUCCUAUGCUACCAACGGAAAAACAAAUGAAAACUUCCAUGACCUGGCUUUGCGGCGAUCCAUCUAAUGUGUAUGAUACAUUUGUGUUAAGAGUUUUGGGAAACUUGCUUAUGGAAGGGCAUUCGUCUCCAUUUUACCAGGAGCUUAUUGAAUCUGGUAUUGGCUAUGAGUUUGCCGUUAAUUCUGGGGUCGACUCAACGACUGCCGCUAAUUUUUUUACCGUUGGUGUUCAAGGUUGCGAUGAUUCUUCUAAGUUUGAGCAUGUUGUUAAGUCUGUUCUAGAGGAUACGCUUACAAAGCCAUUUGAGGGAAACAAAAUCGAGGCAAUCAUCCAACAAUUAGAGCUCUCAAAGAAAAAUCAGAAAGCGGACUUUGGGUUGCAGUUGCUAUAUUCUUUAGUUCCGGGAUGGACUAAUACGACAGAUCCCUUUGAUAAUUUGGUGUUCGACGAUAUUUUGGCACAGUUCAGAUCUGAUUGGAACGAGAAAGGCGACGAUAUCUUCCGCGAUGUCAUAAGAAAAUACAUUCUAGAAAAGCCCUGCUUCUAUUUUUCAAUGGAAGCAGACCCCAACUUUUCUAAAGCACUAGAAGUUGAAGAGGCAAAACGUCUGAGUCAAAAAAUAAGCCAACUAGAUGAGUCAGAUAAAACCACAUUGCGCAAUCGUGGUUUGCAGUUGCAAGAGAAACAAAACGCUACCGAGGAUUUGUCAUGUCUGCCUAGCUUAAUGAUUGAUGACAUACCUCGUAAAGGAGACUUUUACAGGACUGUCUUGAAAGCCAAUGUGUCACACCGGAUUACUGACACUAACGGCAUUACUUACCUAAGAGCUAAGAGAUCUCUCAAUAAUGCCAUACCCCGCGAUUUAUAUCCGUAUCUGCCAAUUUUUGCCGAUUGUUUAACCAGUCUUGGGACUUCAAAAGAGAAUUUCAGUCAAAUUGAGGAUGAGAUGAAAUUGCACACUGGAGGUGUUACAACGAAUGUAUCGGUGUGCUCUGAUGCUAUUACAUCUGAACCUCGCUUGUUUUUCUCCUUCGAAGGAUAUGCUCUUAAUCACAAAACAGAGCAUGUUUUUGACAUUUGGCGGAAGUUGUUAGUGGAAACUGACAUUUCAAAGCACAGCGAAAAGAUCAAGAUUCUCAUUCGUUCCUUGGCGUCUUCCAACACCGCCUCUGUGGCUGAAAGUGGGCAUUCCUUCGCCAGAAACUAUGCGGGCGCUCAUCUAACUGCAUCGCGCGCUAUAAACGAGAGUUUGAAUGGUAUUGAGCAACUGCAGCUGAUUACGCAUCUCUCUAGUAUACUAGAUAACCCAACCUUAUUCCAAUCUGAGGUGGUCGAUAAGUUGAACGAGCUGAAAAAUUAUGUCAUCGCCCAGGAUAAGUUGGAGUUUUUCAUCACCACCGACACUGAUAAACAAGUAACUAAGGUCGAAUCUCAAGUACGAAACUUCACUCAAAACCUACCCGAAGGUUCCAAGGCAUGUUCUUUUUCAGCUGAGCACUAUCCAACUAUAAUCUCGGAAGACAAGCCUACGCUGAUUGAAUUUCCAUUUCAAGUACAUUACACAGCCCAAUCGAGCAUGGGCGUUCCUUACAGCCAUGUGGAUGGUGCUUCCUUACAAGUAUUGUCAAAUAUGCUAACAUUCAAGUAUUUACACCGCGAAGUGAGGGAAAAGGGGGGUGCUUAUGGAGGUGGAGCUACGUAUAGCGCUCUUGAUGGUUUGUUGUCCUUUUAUUCAUACCGCGAUCCACAUCCACUUAACUCCUUAGACGUGUUCUCAGGUAGCGGGAAAUAUGUGAUGGACAAGGCCGAAUGGAGUACGAGCGACCUAGAUGAGGCGAAACUGACAAUAUUUCAGCAAGUCGAUGCUCCUAUCAGCCCAAGCAGUGAAGGUACCUCACAGUUCCAUUUCGGAAUUAGUGAUGAAAUGAGGCAAAAGAGAAGAGAGCAAUUAUUGGACGUUAGAUUGAAGGACGUUCGGAGCGCAGCUGAAAAGUACAUUAUAGGUAGAAAGUCAGUUUCUGCCGUGGUCGGACCACGUCUUGACAGCAUGAGCGACUCGAGUUGGAAAUUCAGAGAAUUGCAGUAA